AGCCAUAGCUGCGACUGAGAACCAAAACCCUAAAAAUCGAUAGCGGCGACCUCUCAAGCACCACCGCCGCACUUUCUAGGUCUCAUUCUCACAGUACUCUUCUUCUCCAAAGUCUCCUAACCAUGGGAAGGAAAGGAACUAGCAAAGAUCUUCUUGAAUUGGAACACAAGAAUCCAUCAUCUUCUUCCUCCUCAUCUGCUAUCGAUUCAGCACUUUUGAUCUCUAAGAAGACGAAGAAGAAGAAGGAGGAAAAGGCUCCUCCUCCAUCGAAGCCGACGAUAGCUCCGGUUCCCAAAAGCGAGUUUCUCGACAAACUCAAAGGCUUUCUCGGGGUCAUGGCCGAGGCCAACAAGAAACUUGAGCAAGAAGCGGAGGAAGGAAACUCUGAAGCUUUUGAUCUCGAGGCACUUACGGGAGACGAGUCGCAAGUCAUAGAGAUGGAUUUGAUGCUCGGUGUGGCUGAUCUCAACACGCCCGAAGCUGUCAAAGCUGCUGAAGCAGCUAUUGCCGGUAAUGGUUUGGUUAAUGGAAGGGGAGAGUCGAGCAGCGACGAUGAUGAGAGUGAUAGCGACGAGGAGGACGAAGAUGAUGGUGAUGAUAAUAAGAGCUCUAAAGGUGGAGAAAGUAGUGGAAAACGAGCCAAGAUCGUUGAACUCUCUUAAAAAUUAUGUUUUUAUCUUCUCAAGUUUAAUGCUUUAUAAGAAACCUCAUAACUCAUCAGUUGUGUUUUGUCGUAAAAGAACACCUUUAGAAAUAAUGAUUAGGACAGAGAUCUCAA